UCCACACCCUAGUGUCUUUCAUGUUAAUUACCAGUUCGGCAGUUCCUAUUUUUCCUUGUCAUUUCUUUGAAGUAUGCUCCAUCUUUCAGAUAUCUUAACCUAAACAUAAGUAUUUACAACUUGAAGUGCUGAAUUCCUGAAGAACAGGAGAUUGGGUCUCAUUGUAUUUCAUCUGUUAAGUCUUGCAACUGCCUAGUCUGAUCUUUACAGCUUUGUAAUUGACUAAUAGUUAUACAUUUUUUACUUUAAGUUUAGCUGAAAAAAAUUACAGUAAUAAAAUCAUAAACUGACUAUUAAGAAGUAAUCAAAGUCAAGAUUUAUAUUUCUUCUAGUACCUUGUGCUUUUUCAGCCUAGUAUUUUGAUUGAUUAAGGUCCAAUCUGUAUGAGUGGAUUCAUGUUGAGUGCAACUUGUUUAUCACUCAUGUGGCUUGUCUAUUUUGUAUGAGAAAGAGUGUCUCUAUGAGGUUGAACAGCUUUAUUAUUAAAAAAAAAUCUGUUUGCACUGUGAUUGUUGACAAGAAUACUUUAAAGCAUUUUUUAACAUAUGUAUUGAUAGCUAAAUAUCAGUGAAGCAAUGAAUUCUAACUUCUUUCCUUGCGGUUAAAGUUCAAUUUAUUAUUUUAGUUGCUUCUAUAAAAUUGAUUAAUAUAUUUGUAUGAUUAUCAAAAUUCUUUCCAUGAUUCACUUUAAAUUUCAAGCUUUUUUACAAUUGUUUUUUAGUUGAAGUUGAAAAUAACUCUGUCCAAAAGUUUUAGGUUGUCUUCCAUACCCAUAUUGGUGCACAAGUAACCUUAUUUUUUACUUCUAAUCUGCAGAUCUUGAAAUUUUCCAAGAUAUUAAACCAUUUAAUCACAUAUAUAGAACUCUUUGGUCAAACUAGAUCUUUAAUCUUUCAUACAGUAACUUUUCAAUCAUCAGUUUCUAGCCCAAAUAUACAAUUCUGAUAACUUUGCUGUGAAGUUGCUCUUCCUCUUGCUUUUUUUGAUGUGAUUUUAGUACCUUUCCAUUAUUGUUUUCCUUUUCGUUUUCUGCUUAAAUAUUAUUACUCCCUUUGCCGUUUAUUCAGUUUUUUCUCCAUAUUAAUUUUUACAUUGCUGCUUCACUCAAUAUUAGAGUAAUCGUAAGCACCAAAUACUGUCAGUCCUUGUUACCUUCGCAGCUUACAUUUUGUCUUUUGCAAAUGGAACAUGUACACUAUUCAUUAAGCAUGUUAUUAUCUUUUAUUUUCAUAUUAUUAUACAAUGUGGGAAUAAUAUUGUUUAUGUCAGUUGAUAUUAACAUAAAAAUACUAUUCUUGGCUUGAUUGUGAUUACAUUGAUUAAGGGGUUAACUCAAUGUGCAAGAGACUCAAGUUGUACAUUACAAGGUUUUUAAUUUAGUACUGUACCUACGUAUUGAGCCUUGCUCGGUACAAUACAUACUGGCAUAUCGAGUGGUACACCUAAAAUAGGCAUAAAACCCUCCGAAAAUAUCUAAAAAAUAAAAAAAUGUUAGGAUAGGAUUUUUAAGUUAGAAAUAAAUAUACAUUUAGUAUAAUUUUAGCAAAACUAAUGUAAAUUGGGUAAAAAUAGUGCCACAUAUCUUUUUCAUGCUUUGAGGAGUAGCUUGUGAAUAAAAAUUAUUGCUUUGUUGAGUUUAGGAAAGUGAAAUUGUGAGAAUAAGAGAGAGAUUAUGAGUAAAAACGAGUUUGAGAGAGUUUAAGAAAGUAUGAGAGUGAAAUGGAUUGAAAGUGGGGGGAGGAAUGGGUUUAAAAACCCUAUAGGAUGCCUUCAAUAGUCAAAUUGAUUUGAAAACCGAUAUACAUUGGUAACGGUCGUUUUCCAUCGUUACCACCCAGUACAGGUCGGUAACAGUCAAAAUCGACCGGUACCGCCCGAUACAGGUUAGUAAUGGUUGAAAUUUCGAUUGUUACCACUCGGUACAGCCCCAUAUUGCUCGACGGGGCAAAAAAUCUGGUAUCGCCCGGUAGUGAGUGGUCCGCGUGCUAAUAGGCUGGUGGAUCGGUACAUACCACCUGUGCCGGGCAGUACAGUACGAAAUUAAAAACCUUGGCACAUCAUGCUACAUAGUAUACAUCUAAUUUCUUGGUUGCAUUUAGAGCUCAUGUGUAUGUAUAUGUUUUUAGUUUAAUCUGGAAAGCAAUUGAAGAAUAGCUUGGUUUUCUUUUCCUUCACUCAUUUCAUUAAGCAUGUGUUACAUUAUAUCUGUCUCUUUCUUAAUCCUAUCCAUCUAUCUAUUAAUAUGCUAAAUUAUGUGUAUUGGCUUUUGCAAUAUCUACUUUUAUAUAUAUAGGUCGAUGGCCGGAUUAAAAUCUUUUCGUGAUGCUGAGAUAGACUUGGAAGAUGGUAAAGUUGAGAAAGAUAGGGAUAAUAUUUUAUGCAGCUACAAACCUACAAAGCUACGUAAUCAAGCUCUUCUUUCUGGUCUUGCAUACUGUAUAUCAUCAUGCAGCAUGAUACUUGUAAACAAAUUCGUGCUGUCAGGCUAUGAUUUUAGUGCUGGUAUAUCGUUAAUGCUUUACCAGAAUUUUGUUUCAGUAAUUGUAGUUUCCAUUUUGAGUUCAUCAGGUGUAAUAUCAACAGAACCUCUCACAUGGAAACUAAUCAAAGUCUGGUUGCCGGUGAAUGUUAUAUUUGUUGGGAUGCUUAUCACAAGCAUGUUUAGCUUAAAAUACAUCAAUGUUGCCAUGGUAACAGUUCUUAAGAAUGUCACCAAUGUCAUUACUGCUCUAGGGGAAACAUAUCUUUUCAUGAAGCAUCAUGACAGAAAAGUGUGGACAGCCCUGUUCCUAAUGAUAAUUUCUGCGAUUUCUGGAGGGGCAACUGAUCUCUCCUUCCAUGCAAUUGGCUAUGCAUGGCAGAUCAUAAAUUGUUUUCUGACGGCAUCAUAUUCGUUAACACUACGUCGAGUCAUGGAUACUGCAAAGCAAGCCACUAAAUCUGGGAACUUGAAUGAAUUUUCGAUGGUUUUGCUCAAUAACACUCUUUCUCUGCCUUUGGGACUUCUGCUUAUAUUUGUUUUCAAUGAAGUGGACUACCUCUGUAAAGUGCCACUUUUGAAGAUGCCUAUGUUCUGGUUGGUGAUAACUUCAAGUGGUUUUUUAGGUCUUGCUAUCAGCUUUACCUCAAUGUGGUUUCUUCAUCAGACGGGUGCAACUACAUAUAGCCUUGUAGGAUCACUCAAUAAGAUCCCUCUUUCGAUUUCUGGUAUCAUUCUCUUCAAAGUUCCAACCAGCAUGGAGAAUUUCUUGAGCAUUCUUUUUGGCCUCUUAGCAGGCGUAUGUUUUGCAAAAGCAAAAAUGCGGUAGCGAUCUCAGUCCUGAGGCAGAGAAAGAUGCUCACACAACUUAGAUUUGAAAAAGAAUUAUCAUAUACAAUUCAAGGCAUAUAGCAUGAAGUGAUCGUGGGACCGAAGACAUUCUUGAUACGACACGUCAAAGAAGGUCCAAUGCUAUUGAAACCUCCUUAUUAAAGGUUAAAAUAUUUUUCAUCAAGGAAUUUCAUUUUCCUGGAGAUAUACAUGGUAAAAUUAAUGGGCAUUGGCGGAAAAUUUCUUGACUACCUAGCUCUGCCAAUAUACUCCCACAUGUAAAUUUUUUUUUUUUUUUUUUUUUUGUGUUAGUACAUAAAUUCAUAAAUACAUAUAUAAUUGCACUUUUUCUUUCUUCUGGAUAACUUAUCUAUUACAGCUCCUGUUAUUUACUUCAA